AUGACGAAAUUAAAAAUGAUGAAUAUUAAAGAUACGUUAACGAAAUAUAAUUUUGAUGUUUUAGCGGUUACUGAAACAAAAAUUAAUAUUAAAUAUGGAAAAUUUUUAACGCAAGAAGUUGGAAUUAACAAAAAUUAUACAAUAUUUGGAACAAUAGAUAAUACCAAUAUUAAUAGUACAGGACUCUUAGUUUUUAUUAAAAAUAAUAUAGCAAAUCACGUGACCAAAGUUCAAAAUCAUAUGGGAAGAAUAUUAGAAAUAAAUCUUAAUUUUAGCAAACAUAACAAAUUAUCGAUAAUAUCAAUAUACAAUAAAAGUGGUAAUUCAGCUGAGGCAAGGAAUUUACAACAAACUAUUAAUCAAUUAGUGAUAAAUAUGAUUAAAGAUGCGCGAAGGAAUCAAUAUCAGAUAAUGCUAUUAGGAGAUUUCAACCUCAGAUACGCUAAAUAUGAAAAAUUAAAAAAUAGAGGCGUUAGAAUAAACAAUCAACUUAGUAUCUUUAAAUAUCUGGAAAACCAUGAUUUUAUAGAUGUCCAUAAAGAUUCUUUAGAAAUAGAUGAUCAGCAACUAAUGGAACGCUUUAGCACAUUUAGCAAUUAUACUACAUUCUCUCGUAUUGAUUAUAUAUGGAUGACGAAUAAUCUUUAUAAUGCAGUAAUAAAAACAAAUAUAGUAGAAUAUAAUAAAAUGGAUACUGACCAUAGGCUAAUAUAUGUUAGAUUAAACAGAGGAAUCAUAAUUUCACAACCAUCAUUAUCAACCAAAAUAAAAAGAUCUUAUAGAGUAAAAUAUCACUAUGAGGAAUUAAAUGAUGAUGAUAAACAGAUGAUCACUGACACAGCCACUAAGGAAUUAGAAAAUAGGUUAAAAAAUUAUAAACCUAAUAAUAUAGAAGAGAAAUGGAAUAUUUAUAACCAUGUGAUUUCUACAACAAAGAAAAGUCAUAUAAAGCAUAGCGAAAUUAAAAUAUCUUUUGAAAGAGAAGAUCAAGAUAUCAAAAAUACGUUGGAAUAUAGAUUUUAUAGAUAUAUAGUUUACAUUAGAAGGAAUUUAAAAAAAGAUAAAAAAUUCGCAAUGAUUAAAGACAAUUGGAAAAUUAUAAUUAAAAAUCUACGCUCUAUGAUUAAGGCCUUAGAAAUUAAUAAUGAAUUUUAUGUGUUAAGUUAUAACUUUAGUAAAUUUCUUAAGCAUACAUAUUUGAAGGAAAUGGAAGAACUAUAUUCUAUAGCAUAUAUAUUUUUGAAUACUGAGAUGAUUAAGAAGAAAGAACAAAAGAUUAUGGAUGCAAUAGCUAAACGACAACAGGAUUUAGAAUACAAUCAAAGACGUAUGAUUGAUAAUGUUAUGGAAAGGGAAUUCAAAAAAAUUAAUAUAGAUAGGUUAAUAGUGCAAGAUAAAGAUGGAGAAGAUAUUUUAGUAACGAACGAAGGGGAAAUUAAAAAGUUAGUAGCAAAUCAUUUCCAGAAUUGUGCAGGAUCUGUAAAUUGCGAAAAGGAAAUUCCAGCUGAAUGGAUUGAUGAGUAUAGGCCAAAAGAAGAAUUAUCUGAAUCAAUAUAUGAUAGUGUAUUAACUCCUAUAACUUUAGAAGAAAUAAUUGAGAUAGGAAAAAUGUUACCAGGAAAAAAAGCAAAUGCUGUAGACGAAGUUUAUAAUCUAAAAGGGACGAUUUUAUUACCCACCACUGUUUUACCAGAAAAAGGAGCAACGGUCGUUUCAAAAAUGACUAGAGGAGUGUUACAAAAUCGAACAGUUUUUGGAAGAAUUAUUAAAAUAGAUAGGGAUAAUAAUGUAGUGUUUUUUAAUCAUUUUGAAAACUUGACAGAUGAUUAUGAAAAAAAUAUAAUCCUAAGAAAGUGUAAAGGUUGUGAGUUAGGGAUAAUUAAUGCAGAUGUAUUCAAAGGAGAAAUUAAAAGUAAUUGUUUAAUCGUGGAACAUAUAGAAAGGGUAUUUUUACUAUCACCAUAUAGAUGGAAUAAACAACAUCAUUCGAAAAGAUUACAAAAUUGUACUUAUUAUUACGAAGGGGUCAGUGUUAAUUUCUAUGAUGAAAUGCUUAGAUACGAUAGUGCUUUUAAAAAUAGUAUUAUACAUCAAAGACUAGAUAAUAAAGACCUGAUUCAAUAUGAUGAUAGACGAGAUAAAACAGAUAAUAUCGACAAAAAUCUGGAAAAAGGAAGUAGAUACAAUAUUGCAUAUCAAAGAAUAAAGCGUAUUAAGGAUAGGAUAGCGUUAAAUAGUUCAAAGAAUAUAUCUAUAUAUAUAGAUGGAUCAGUUAAGGAAAACAAGACAGAAUAUAUUAAGUCAAUUUUUGGGGUUAUGAUAUAUGAUGAAGAUGAUAAUCUUAUAGAUAAAUACUUUUCAACAGUAGAGCAUUGGUUGACUUCAACAAAAGCAGAAACUAUGGCUUUCUUUACUGCACUAUUAAUGAUACAGGAUGAUAAGAACUAUAAGAUAUAUACAGACAGUCAAAAUGUAAUUAAAAACUAUAGGUAUCUAACUAAUAGAUGGGAGACAAUAACUACAAGGGAUCUAUUAAAAUUUGACAAAAAUAAUGCCAUAUGGUUUAAUAUAAAAGAAAUUUUAGAUGAAUUAUCACUACAUAUAGACGUAAUUAAAGUAGAGUCUCACUCAGAUAACGAAUUACAUAACACAGUGGAUAAAGAAAUUAAAGAUUGCUACGAAAUAGAAGAUAAACUAUCUAACACUUUAGUUACAUACAAUACAGAACAAUAUAAAUUCCCAGUCUUAUGGAAUAAUUACGUGGAAUAUGGGGCUACUUUUGAUGAAGUACAAAUACUAACAAAUAUUAAAAAACUUGAUAUUUUUUUUCCGAAGUUUAGGGAUAACAAGUUUAAUUUUGUAGAUUUAAUUAAAGGCAUCUUUCCGAUUCAAUUGUAUGACUUUAUUGGAAACAUCUUGGGAAUAAAUAACAAUAUGAAGAUAAUAGAGUUGGGAACAAAGAUUUUACAAUAUGUUAUGGAUGAAACAAAGAAACAUAUUUGGAUACCUCGUUGCGAAAAAUUGAAAAUAAUAGAAAAGAAUUAUGGGAUUAACAAAAAAGAUAAGAAAAGAACUGAUUCUAAAUUUUGUAGAGAGAAACAAGAAGAUAUUUUACAAUACCCUGAAAAUAUGUAUAGAAGAUAUGAAGAUUUGGAGGGUGUUAAAGAGCAUAUUUUAUUUGGUAAAGAAAUCCUGGAUUUUACAGUAGUUGUGAACCGGGUGGAUUUAUCAAAACCAUUCAAUACAACAUCAGUAUAUCCAUGGUCUAAUGAAUUAACCACUUUAGAUAUUUCUCAUGUGAACGCAUCGGCAUGUGUAGGAGGCGCAAUACAAGAUAAUAUAUUUGUAUUUGAGGGAGUGCCUGAAGUUCUACAAAAAUCGGAUGGAACAAUUGCACCUUUGAUUUAUAAAUUCGAUAGUCAACAAAAAACAGUUAAUCCACCACAAUUUAAUGUUACGAUAGAUAUACCUAGAAGAAGAAGUGUACAGGCAGUUUGUGAUAAUCAAGGUAAAAUGUAUAUAUUCGGUGGUAUAGAUGAUUUUACUAGUACUGGUAUAUUUAUUUAUAACAGAAUGGAUAUAUUUAAUACAAUUGAAUUAUCAUAUGGUUGGAAAGUUGGAAAUGUUACCCAAUCUGGUGGUGGAAGAUAUGGUUAUUCCGCAGUAUUAUUGAAUAACGAUGAAAAAAUUGUUUAUAUUGGUGGUAGAUUACUUAGCGGUGAUUAUGUAAGAAUGAACGAUAUUUACAUUUAUAAUACUAAUUUGAAUCAAUGGGAAUAUCAGAACGCUGGUGGGACCGUUCCAAAUGUACGAGAGGGUCAUUCUUCCGUCAUAACACCCGAUAACAGAAUUAUAGUUUAUGGUGGAUCUCAAGCUGAUCCACAGUUAGCCGUAUUAACUUUAACAGAAGGAAAUACGUUUUCUUGGUCAACUCCUAAUGCAAAAAAUCCAAUACCAGGAUUAUAUUUACAUUCUGCUAAUUUAAUUAAUUCUUAUUAUAUGUUCGUUACGUUUGGAUAUCUCGAAUCAACAAAUAGAAGGAAUAAUGAGAUUUAUAUUUUAGAUACAUCAAAACCUCAAGAAUAUUCUUGGAUAACUAAUUUUGAUCCAAAAAAUCCACCAAAUGUAAUUAAUUCAAAUGGACCUGCAGAAUUAAAUGCUGAUGAUAUAGCAAUACAAAGUAAAAAAGUUUGGGUUUUGGGUAGUAUUAUUGGUUGUGUUUCAGGUUUCGUUUUAUCUUUAGCUUUUAUCAUUUGUUUAAGACAAUGUGAUUGUUGUGGUAUAAAUGAUUAA